AUGACUAUGACCAUGACGACGAGAAAGACAACCUUGGAAUGGUUUUUAUUUAAUCCAUCCAUAAAAGGCAAAGAUUUGGUAAUUAAAAAAGAAGGGUACUUUGCAUUUGGUCAUGCAUGUACAAAGGAGGGAAAUAGGAGUCUUCACCGUUACACUACACAAUAUGAACCUAUAAACAUGAUAACGGGGAAAUCAACACUUGAGUCGUCAAAUAUUAGUUUUGAAGAGAACGUAGAAUAUAAGAGAUCCAAGGCUUAA